AUGCCGUUAAACAAGCCAGAAUUCAUUCAAGAGCUGUACAAACUGCUUUUAAAGAGUUCCAAGAAGAAGAGGAAGGAAUAUUGUAUGGACCAGGCAUCACCGAGUGAAAGAUACAAGAGGCUUUUGUUUGGUGUAAACUCUGCCCCCGAAAUAUUUCAAAAAGUUAUGGAAAAUCUCCUUGCUCCUUGUGAAAAUGCUUAUAACUAUCUAGAUGAUAUCAUAGUUUAUGGUCGUACGGAGAAAGAACAUGAUGAAAGCUUAAAGGUGGUACUUAAUAUUUUCAAAGACUUUGAUGUGACGCUCAAUAAGGAAAAAUGCUUGUGGAAAGUACAAAAGUUAAAAUUCUUAGGACACAUCCUAUCGACAGAGGGUAUAAGCCCAGACGCGGACAAAAUAAAGACAGUACAAGAAUUUCGACCUCCACAAAGCAAAGAAGAGACAAGAAGCUUCCUUGGAUUGGUGACAUAUCUUGGAAAAUUCGUCCCAGAUAUGGCUGAUGUCACGGAACCACUUAGGUCUGAUGCCAGCCCAGUAGCGUUGGGGGCAGUCCUUAUUCAGUUUGAAAACAAAGUACCAAGGGUUAUAUCAUUUGCGAGUAAAAGCCUAUCCCAGGUGGAGAGGAGAUACUCUCAAACGGAAAAGGAGGGCCUAGCGUUAGUAUGGGCAGUUGAAAGGUUUUCAUACUACCUAGCAGGAACAGAAUUCGAAUUGGUCACAGACCAUAAGCCACUAGAGGCAAUAUUCAAGCCUACAUCAAGGCCACCAGCUCGUAUUGAAAGAUGGGUGCUUAGGUUACAAGCGUUUAGGUUUAAGGUGGUUUAUCAACCGGGGAAGCUAAAUAUAGCUGAUUCAGUUUCACGACUGUGUAAAAUACAAACAGCAGAAACAUUCGACGAACAGGGGGAGCAGAAUAUAUUUGCGAUAAUUGAAAAGACAGUACCCAGAGCGAUUACCAUAUCAGAGAUUUGUUCGAAUAACACCAAAGACCAGGAGCUGAUGGAGGCUGUCAACAACGUAAAAAACGAAAAAUGGGACACCAAGAUGCCAAGUUCAUACUUUCCAUUCAAACUUGAAUUGUGUACUAUAGGCAAUAUUCUAUUAAGAGGAACUAGAAUCGUAAUACCCAUGGCACUAAUUUCUAUAAUUCUGGAACUUGCUCACGAAGGCCACCCUGGUGAAACAGUAAUGAAACGGAGAGUCCGUUCCAAAGUGUGGUGGCCAUUGGUAGACAAAGAUGUCGAGCAGUUUGUAAAAAAGUGCCGAGAUUGUCUCAUUGUUUCGAAGCCUAGCCAACCAGUACCCAUGAACAGACAUGUUUUUCCCGACAGACCUUGGUCUAACUUAGCAAUGGAUUUGCUGGGGCCGUUGCCAAAUCACGAUUAUAUUCUAGUUGCAAUUAACUACUACUCCAGAUACCAAGAGUUUAAAUUCUUAAAAAGGAUAACUUCCAAAGAUGUGAUUAACUUUUUGAGAGAAAUAUUUUGUAGACUAGGGUAUCCAAAGUUUAUCACGGCGGACAACGGACGCCAAUUUGUCAGCGAAGAGUUUAAAACCUACUGUAAAGAUAACAACAUUGAGCUAAUAACUUCACCACCUUAUUGGCCACAAGCGAACGGUGAAGUGGAGAACAUGAACCGUCAGAUCGUAAAACGCUUGAAGAUAGCCCACUCUAACGGAAGUGAUUAUAAAGAAGAGAUGAAAAAGUUCACUCUUAUGUACAACGUAACUCCCCAUGGCACAACAGGAAAAGCACCAUCGGAGUUACUUUACAAUCGAACGCUGGAUAUAGAGAAACCAAUGCUUGAUUCGGAAGCUAGGGACCGCGAUUUCAUAAAUAAGCAAAAAGGGAAAGAAAGGGGAGAUAGGGAACGAGGAGCUAAAGAUUCAGGGAUAGAAAUAGGUGAUAAGGUUUUAAUAAAAAUGUUCCAACAGGAUGUGAAUGAUAAUCCGAUUAUCACGACCACCACCCCAUCAGCAGCAAAAGAACAAGAAGCGCCAACUGAUGUCAAAGGUAGUGAUCCGAGGUUCAUGUUAAAGCUGAAAAAUAUUGAAGGGAUAUGGAGACCUGUACCACAACACGACCAGGAGAGUGGAUAA